AUGCCUCUUUGGCAAAUCUACCACCCCGCGGGCACCUAUGAGGACCAAGCGUCCAAAAUAGCAUUUGCCGAAGACAUUACAAAGAUGUACACAGACCUCGGUCUUCCAGCCUUCUACGUCGUAACCAACUUCAUCCCCCUCCCCAAGGAGGACAUCCUUGUUGGAGGCGAACCGAAACUCGGCAAACCCUUCAUUCGUAUUGUAAUCACACACAUCGCGAUCAAAAUGCCCAACGAAGAUGUUACAUACAGGAGAUCUACAUCUCGGAUUGAUAGGAUCUUGAAGCCCAAUGUUGCCGAUCUGGGAUAUGAUUGGGAAUAUCAUGUUGAGGAGACUGAGCGGCGGUUGUGGAAGGUUAAUGGGAUGAUUCCGCCUCCCUGGAAGAGUGAAGCGGAGAAGGUUUGGGUGAAGGAAAAUCGGCCUGUGGCUUAUGAUGGGGCAUACUAA